AUGGCGGUGCCUUGUUACGACUCUGGCAGCCUGCCCAUCCGCGUGUUGAGCCACCGCCUCGUGAAGGCCUCAGACCCCUCCAUCGAGCCGCACGUGGCCGCCGUCUCCAACCUCGACCUUUACCCGAACAUCGUGCAAGCCUCCAUAGUGUGCCUCUACCCCAAGCCCAAGCUUCCGAAGCUAGCUGCCGGGGACUUUAGCGCGGUCGUGGCGGUCUUCGAGGGGUUCUUGCCGUCCCUGCUCAACCACUUCUACCCUCUCGCAGGGCGCAUCGUCACCAACCCAACAUCGGGGCUCCCCGAGCUCCACUGCCACAACCAAGGCGCGGAGCUUAUCGUCGGCGAGGUGGGCGUCGCUCUGGGGAGCCUGGACUAUAGCCAGACGGAGGAGUCUCUGAAGAAGGUGAUGCUGUCGUACCCUGAGGAUGUGACUCUGUCGGUGCAGCUGCUGUCGUUCUCCUGCGGCGGCUUCUCCGUCGUGUGGGGCAACAACAACCUCGUCAGCGACGGCCACGCCAUCACCAUGAUGGUCCGGAUGUGGUCUGAGCUGGUGCGGACGGGGACGAUCGCCACCGAGGACGUCCCCAACCACGACCGCUCGGUGUUCCGUGCCCGCGACCCGCCCUCGUACGGUGUCAAGGUCGGCGACAUGUUCGCCGCGUACGAC